AUGUCACCACUCCUCUCUGGGAGGUCUCUGCAUGUCUCCUUCUGUGUUCCAGACAUUGGUCCCUCCCCUCAUCCCUUCAGACCUAGGGAUGGUGACUGCUCCACCACUACCAAUCGAGUUAUUACACUGUCCCUUCGGCUUCUCGACAGCCCCCUACACCUUUGUCAAGAGGCCCUUUAUAAAUACACAUGCACAUGCUUAGUUGCUUCAGUCAUGUCCGACUGCGUGACCCUAUGGACUGUAGCCCACCAGGCUCCUCAGUCCACGGGAUUCUCCAGGCAAGAAUACUGGAGUGGGUUGACAUGCCCUCCUUCAGGGGAUCUUCCCGACCCAGGGAUCGAAUCCUUGUCUCACACGCUUCUGCAUUGGCAGGCAGGUUCUUUUUACCACUAG